GAGAGCAGUCAGGAAGCGAACCUCGGUGUCACUCUGAGAAGAAAACGAGCCAAAAUGACGAGCAUUUUAGGUCUGCUUCUGUUCCAAGCAAUGGCUUCUUACGCCUUCCCUUCCAACUUAGAAACCAAAGAGAAAAAUCAGCAGCUUGUCCAGAAUUAUCUGGAAAAGUUCUACAAAUUGAAUAGCUUUGAGGAACUUCCUAAGAGGAAGAGUGCCAACUUCAUAGGUGAAAAAAUAAAGGAAAUGCAGGCAUUCUUCCAUUUGAAAGUGACUGGAAAGCCAGAUGCCAAAACUCUGAAAGUGAUGAAGCAGGCCAGAUGUGGUGUACCGGAUGUGGCUCGAUUUGCUGUUACUACGGGAAAUCCUAAAUGGGAUAAAACAGAAAUUACUUACAGGAUUCAGAAGUAUACGACACAUUUGUCCAAAGCUGACGUAGAUAUGUCCAUCAAGAAAGCGUUUCAAGUCUGGAGUAAUGUAUCCCCCCUGACGUUCACCAGAGUCUGGGAGGGAGAAGCUGACAUCAUGAUCUCAUUUUUCUCUGGAGACCACAAUGACAAUUCUCCUUUCUAUGGCCCUGAUGGAGUCCUUGCUCACGCUUUUCCACCAGGGAAACUUAUUGGUGGAGAUAUUCACUUUGAUGAAGAUGAAACCUGGACAGUAAACCAUCUGAAUUACAACUUGUUUCUCGUGGCUGCUCAUGAAAUCGGCCAUGCCCUUGGUCUUGCUCAUUCCCAAGAUAUCGGGGCUCUGAUGUACCCCGUCUAUUCGUACAUGGACAUCAAUCCCUUCAAGCUUCCUCAGGAUGAUAUUAAUGGGAUCCAGGCCAUUUAUGGACCCUCAAAUAGCCCCACCCACCCAACAGGACCUGAAACACCACGCCAGUGUGAUCCUAUGCUGAAAUUUGAUGCUAUCUUCACACUCCGUGGAGAAAUUAUAUUCUUUAAAGACAGGUUCCUCAUGCGCAAGCACCCCAGUAAUCCUGAGGUUGAUAUUCAUUUCAUUUCUACAUUGUGGGCCGGCCUGCCAUCUGGGAUUGAAGCGGCUUAUGAGAAUUCCGAUAGAGAUGAGGUGUUCGUGUUCAAAGGCAACCGCUACUGGCUCCUCAAAGGGUUUGAUGUGAUGCCAGGAUACCCCAAAGAGAUCUACAAGACCUUUGGCUUUCCAAAAACUGUUAAGAGAAUUGAUGCUGCCUUUUAUGAUGAGAUAACUGGAAAAACCUACUUCUUCGUAGGUCAGAAGUACUGGAGAUAUAAUGAAAACAAGCAAUCUAUGGACACGGAUUUUCCGAAACAGAUAGCCCUGGGCUUUCCGGGAAUUGGCAAAAAAGUUGAUGCUGUUUUCAAGUACCAAGACUCCGUCUACUUCUUCCAAGGAACACGUCAGUAUGAAUUUGAUUUUGAUAAGAAGAGAGUCUUGACCCUUCUGAGGAGCAACAGUUGGUUUAACUGUUAGACAACGUGAGCAUGGACUGUUAUAUAGCCAAACUAAAAAUGUAGCUUAUAAAACUUGAAAUGCAUUCUCCUGAAAUGUUAAAUUUC